AUUGCAUAAUAUAUAGAAAACAAAUCAGUCACCUCCUUGUUUCUUGUCUCUUUCUUUCUUUUUCAACUGGCAUUUUGGCAAUUAGCAAUUUUCUUUUUGAAAUUCUUGAAGAAAAUAUAAACUUUUUAGUUAUCUCACUCUUUAAUCAAAAAGCCACGAGCUGAUUUGCUUCUUUUCAUGCAAUGCAAAAAAAGCCCACCAUUGCAAAAAAAGCUUUAAAGGUGGAAUUGCUUUCUAAGACGAGGGACUAGUCAAAAAAUUUAAAAUAAAAAUAAAUAAAUUGACAACCCUUUUACCACUCUAUAUAUAUAGUACCUGCUCCUGCGUAUGAGCAUGUAUAGUAUCCUUUGCACUGUUCUUGCUAGAUGUCAAAAAGAAAGAAAAAUGGGUCUUGGGUUUGCUUUAGAUAUGGCUAAGAAUAUCCUGAUUUCUUGAAAUCACUAAAUCUUGGUUCGACUUUUGACGAUACAUUAUAAAAAAAGAAAAGAACGUUUUGUUGAAUUUUCUGUUGUGGGGUCUAAAGGCAAAACAGUUGUUGCCACUAUGCAUGAGGUUAAGUGGCGGGGAGGUGCAACCUUGAACCCAUUCAACUUUGUGGAAGUAAGAUUUUCAAGGCAUAAGCGUUCUAAUAGUGAUCCAGCUCAAAGAAAAGUUGAGAAGCACAAACCAAAUAGCAUCUUUGAAAGUUCUCUUCAUCAUAGAUUGGAGAAAAUGGGACAAGUGGAGAACUAUGUUGAAGCCAAAAAGAUGCAGGCUCAAAAUACAGAGGUUCGAGAUUCUCUAAAGUAUGAGAUUCUAGCGCUCCAGGACAGAUUACAGCACCAGUUUGUUACGCGCCAAGCAUUGGAGAAGGCAAUGAAUAAUACCCCUUUCUCCUAUGAUACUGUGACUGAUAAGUCGAUCCCCAAGGCUGCCAAGCAGCUGAUUAAGGAUAUUGCACUGUUAGAGCUGGAGGUUGUGCAUUUGGAACGGUACCUUCUUUCUCUGUAUAGAAAAACAUUUGAUCAACAAGUGACACCUCAAUCGACCAUUGACGAAAGAUGCAAAAUGAACUCGAGCAUGCAAAAGAAGGUGCUUCCAGUAGUUCCUAGACAAGAUAACAUGAUAGCUAACCGCAAUUCAGUUAAUCAUUCGAGUUGUCUUACCCGGCCUCAAGAUUCAAGUGGAAAUCAAACAAAGCAGUUUAAUGGAACCUGGGGACUGGAGAAUCUGUUGGAUUCUAGUAUCUAUCGAUGUCACUCCUCUAUAUCUCAGCGUUCAACAGGCACUUCUCCUCCUAUGAAAUCUAUGGCUAGCGCUGCAGAUUCGUACCAUUCCCUCCCAUUGUCAAUGCUAGAGCAAGCUCAAAAUAAUCAUUCAGCGCUCAGUCUGGCGGUUCAUCUUGGAACCUAUGGUCAUAGUUGUGUUCCAGAGACUCCAAAUUUGCUUUCUGAGGAGAUGAUCAAGUGUAUCUCAGCCAUAUAUUGUGAUUUGGCAGAUCCACCUUUGACAGAUCAUGACUAUCCUCCCUCUCCUGCUUCAUUCUCUUCAUCACCGAAUGAGUUUCCAGCACAAGGCCCGAGUGAGAUGUGGACCCCUGAGCAUAACUAUUCAUCCUUCAGUUCGACUCUUGACAACCCUUUCCACAUUGGAGAUGCUAAGGAUCUCAGCGGACCAUACUGCACAAUGGCUAAGGUGGAACGAAUUUGUAGAGAUAACCAGCAUUUAAAAGAUAAACAGAAUAAGUUACAAGAAUUUAGGUCUCUCGUCUCCCAGUUGGAAGCAGUUGAUCCUAGAAAAUUGAAACGUGAGGAGAAGUUAGCAUUUUGGAUCAAUGUACACAAUGCACUAGUUAUGCAUGCAUUUUUGGUAUAUGGGGUUCCCCAAAAUAAUAUGAAAAGAAUGUCUUUACAAAUAAAGGCAGCAUAUAAUGUGGGGGGUCACACUAUUAAUGUAGACAUGAUUCAGAGUUCAAUUCUGGGUUGUCGAUUGCCUCGACCUGGACAAUGGCUGCAAAAGCUGUUUCCUUCAAAGACAAAAUUCAAGGCUGGAGAUCCAAGGAAAGCCUAUUCUAUUGAUUACACUGAACCUCGCUUACACUUUGCCCUCUGUGCAGGAAGCUGUUCUGAUCCCGCAUUACGAGUAUAUACUCCGAAGAGUGUAUUUGAAGACCUAGAAGCUGCAAAGGAAGAGUAUAUUCAAUCAACCUUAAUUGUCCAUAAAGAGAAGAAGCUCCAUCUUCCAAAACUUGUGGAGUCUUUCGCUAAAGAUUCAGAUCUCUGUUCUGCUGGUUUGCUGGAUAUGAUAGAGCAUUUACUGCCUCAUUCCUGGAGAAAAAGCGUUCAGCAGUGUCAACAUAGAAAAUCCAGCAAGACCCUGGAGUGGAUUCCUCACAACUUCACUUUCCGCUAUCUGCUUUCGAAAGAAUUAGCCUAGUUGUCUGAUUCCCCUAGUUAUGGAAAUCGGGAAGGGAUUAUAUAUAUAUUGCUGGGGCUAAUGGGAAGUCCUCUUCCUGAAUAUAUUACUCAGUUCUGCUGGCAGGAUAAUGUUAGAAUGACAGAAGAAUCAUAACUAGACUUUGACUCUUGUCCUUCUGAGAAGAAUGAUGAUCAAAUAGGCUGAAGAUCAUAAGGCUUGAAACCCGUUAAAGAGCUUGAAGAAUUGGUUUGUAAGGCAGGGAUAAAUGAGAAAUUUGCUCCAUCUCAAAGUCUUGAUGCGUUGAGCUUGCGUGAUCCUCAUUCUUAUAAACAGGAGGACUGCUCAUUGUGAUUCUGCUAUCAGUCUUAUGUGCAGUUUCCAUAUAAACGUAAUUAGAAAGGUUGCUACUCCUUAUGUAUAAGUGUCCUGUUUUUGGAACAUUUGGUAAUGUGAACAUUUUCAUUACUAUUUUAGUGUUUUCUAAUGGAAGUUCAAUUUUCUAGAAGC